UCCUUUGAUCUCCGCUCUUCUAAAGCGCGACUGUUUGUUAGUUUGAGGCUCCGCAUAAAGAAGUUUUCUCCGCGCGCGCGAGGCUCAGACGCUGAUGUGAGCGCGCCGAACGGGAACGAGCAGCACCGAAAAGACGUCUUGAGAAAGUUAGGAUCAUGCCGCAGCUGAACGGCGGAGGAGGCGACGACCUCGGCGCGAACGACGAGAUGAUCGCGUUUAAAGAUGAAGGAGAUCACGAGGAGAAGAUCCGGGAGAGCGCGUUCACGGAGAGCGACCUGGCCGACCUCAAAUCAUCACUGGUCAGCGAGACCGAGAUCAGCCAGAGCCCCGCCGUGAUCAGAAGAGGACAGCAGGACGAGCACAGAAUCUACAGCGAUAAACGAGAACAUCUGGACGACGUGCCCAAACAUCACGAUGGAGGAAUGUAUAAAGCGCCGUACUCCGGAUACCCGUUCCUGAUGCUGCCGGAGCCGUAUCUGCCCAACGGACCCGUCUCUCCAUCUUCCAACAAGGUGUCGGUGGUCCAGCAGGGCAUGCAUCCGCUGACGCCUCUGCUGCCGUAUGAACACUUCAACCCCAGUCCCACACACAUGCCCACAGACGGAGGACAGAAACCAGGUGUUCACAGACAUCAGACGCAGGAGAUUUCGGGUUUCUACUCGCUGCCUCAGGGUCAGAUCACGCCCUCCAUGAACUGGCCCAAUCAGCCUGUGUACCCCCUGCCCUCCUGCGGCUUCAGACAGCCCUUCUCCUCCGGCCUGCAGAGCGGCUCAUCUUACCCCAGGUUCUCUCACUCUCUGAUGCUGCAGUCCGGCAUGCACCCCACAGGAAUCCCUCACCCCGCUAUAGUGCCUCCUUCAGGAAAGCAGGAGCACGAUCAGUUCGACAGGAGCAUUUAUAACAAGUCUCAUGCAGAGGCCAAGCGGGAGAAGGAGCCCAAGAAGCCGGUGAUCAAGAAGCCUCUGAAUGCGUUCAUGCUGUACAUGAAGGAGAUGCGCGCUAAAGUGAUCGCAGAGUGCACACUGAAGGAGAGCGCCGCCAUCAACCAGAUCCUGGGCCGCCGGUGGCACGCUCUGACCCGUGAGGAACAGGCCAAGUACUAUGAGCUGGCCCGUAAGGAGCGGCAGCUGCACAUGCAGCUCUACCCCAGCUGGUCGGCCCGUGACAACUACGUGAGUGCUUUGGGCAAAAAGAAGCGGAGGAAACGGGACAAGCAGCAGGACUCCAGCACAGAUAACUCUCUUGACUGUUCCUAGGAGGAAAAAGAAGUGCAUUCGCUACCUCCAGAGAGGGCGCUGCUCCAGCCCACAUUCUUCCGAUGGAAGUGCUAUAGACUCCCCCCCUUCACCUGUCUAUCACCUGACAAACCCCGCCUCCCCCUCACGAUGCCCCGCCUCCAGCCCAUCCUCCCCCACCAGCAGUCCCCACCCACAUGGCAAACGCCCCGCCCCUCCGGCCAGACUCUUGCUGGACUUCAGCAGAAUUAAAACGGAGAGUGCGAUUCGUCCUCAGUGAGACUCCUCCCCCUCCUCAAGCCCCGCCUCCUAACACCAGCAUCUCAUGGAGCGUCCUUUCGGAAGUGGCAGCAUUUCAUUUACACACAGCUGAAUCUCACAGAGCGCUCCUACUCUUUCCAUUUCAUUUUAAUCAAGCACGGUUUGCUGCUAACACAAGUCUGGGAAGAGUUUCUGAGCUGAUUACUGAUUACUGUAAUGCCAGAUCUCAGAAUUAUUAAGAUUCCCAUCAGAGCGUCAAAAGUACAUCCAAAAAUAGUGGAAGAUUGUGCCAAUAAAAGUAAAUAAUGGUGUAGAGCGAAGAAGAGAACGUUACCAUUCAGAGUGUUUGACCUAGAGGCUUUAUUCUGAAUGUGUCAAAUUAAUUUCAGGAACACUUUACCUGAAGAGGUGUUCAUAAGACUGUCAUGACACAUGAUAUGAAUGCUUUAUGCAUGCUUCUGACUGCUGUCAUUAAGUGCCAUUAGCUCAGUUGGGUCAUUUUAAAUGGUUUAAUUAUAAACUCAUUUGGAGAGGAUCAGGUGCUCAUGAUUGAUCACAGCUGGUCCUGCAUUAUACAAUUCAUGAUUAGUUGAUUCCUAAGCCACUAUAAACACCCUCAGUUCCACAUCACAGCCAUCUUUGUUUUGAAGAAUCCCCCCUUCCACCCCUACUCCUCCUCCUUUCCUAGAUGGGUGGCACGGUGGUCCAGUGGUUAGCACUGUUGCCUCACAGCAAGAACGUCACUGGUUCUAGUCUUUACCAAGCCAGCAGACGUUUCUGUGCGGAGUUUACACGUUCUCCCGGUGCUCACGUGGGUUUCCCCCCGGUUUCCUCCCACCAUCCUAAAACAUGCAACUUAAGUUAAUUGGCUAAUCCAAAUCAGCACCAUAGACAUGCUCCUAGUAUGUAGUUAUCUCUUAAGAGCAAUCACUAUCUGUUCAUUAGCCACUACAGCAGGGGAGUUCUCCAGAUCUACCUGAGCUCAAACUCCCCUCUCACCUUGCAAACAGGAGGGAGCCCCGGGCUCGAGGAUCUUAUGAGCUCAGGGCUCUCUCCCGGGACAGCAUGCACAGCUUUAUCAAUCAUCAGCUCAGUGUGAACUCUUGAAAUGCAAAGAUGACAUUGAGAUGUCUUGGUAAUGUCAAGUUGUGAUAAAGACAUAACCUGUGGUAAACAUGACUGUCAUGAGGCUGUUAUAACUGUCAUGGAUAUACUUCUGCUCACUUUUUCAGUGCAACAAAAUUCAUUAGAGUGUACCAGUGUUUAGGUCAAGAAAAGUAUUAAUGAUGGUGUGUAUGGUCCUAGACACAAUUAUCAUGAUUAUGACAGGUUAUGUUGUCUUAAUGUCAAGUCGUCAUGAAGACAUUCCAAACAAAGCCAUCUUUACAUUUAGUGACAUAACUGAGCUAAUGACACUUAAUAACAACUGUCAUAAGCAUGCAUAACAUCUCCAUGAUGAUGUGUCAUGCUUAUACACAUGCUAUGACAAUCUUAAAAUGAAAGCCUUUCUCUGAUUGAGUGGGAGCUGUGUGUGAGAUUCAGCCAGUGUGUGUGUGUGUGUGUUUGUGCGUCAUGCUGAAGAUGAUCGUUCAUUUCAAUGCCAUUUCCCACUUCACUGAAGUGUCAGUUCUCAUCAUAACUCUUGUACAACCAAAUGUGUUGUAAAACUGUCUUUUAUAGAUAUGAAAGUCCAUAAAGAACUCAACUUUUAUAUGUUUUUAUGUACAAAAAGAGAAAAAACACAGAAAAAAAAAACAUUCCUUUUCAUACAAGUGCCAUUUUUAUUAGUGUGUGUUGUGUAGGUCUGCAGUAGUGUGCUCCAGCCAAACGUGCUCAUCAUGAUGCUCUCAAAUAAACUGUGUGUGUGUGUGUGUGUUCAGUGUUUGCUCAGGUCUGUUCAUCGUCAACUCAUCUGGAACCCACCGGCUUCAACAUCACCACACACACACACACUCUCUCACAUCACUCUGUCUUUUGCUUUUGAUGUAACAAUACUCGUUGUCUAGAUUUCUGAUUAAAGUAUUCUGAAAGAUCUGCCUGAA